AUGAUAACUCUCGUAAAUGCUUGCAGGUACAUCAGAGAAGAACGGUUAGAGAUUCAGGUGUGGUUGACUGCCAGACAUCAUGAUGAUAGAACUACUUUACCUCACAAGAGAGAUAAACUGCUGGGCUCAACUUUUAUUGCGUUAUUUCCCUUGUUAGAUGGAAGUAAAAACUUCUCUCAAAUCAGGUACACGAUAUUAACACAAAUACAUAUUAUAUGCUUUAGACCUGCUUCCAUCAAAUCAUUAUGGUAAUCGAUUAAUCAUCAAUAAUCGAUUAAAAUUUACAAAGCCUUGUAGAAAAGGUCUAACCUGCCAGCCUGGAGUUCAGAAAUGUUUCAACUCGCCCAGGAAACUGAAUGAGCCGUGUUCGUUGGGUUUCCCAUGUGGUUCGGGCCUGAGUUGUGCGCCCGGUUUUCAGGUGUGUUAUAACCACCCGCGACUUGCAGGUCAAAAAUUAGGGGGCUUCGGUGGCCAAGUGGUUAGCGCACUUGCCUUUCACCUCUGAGGCUGCAGGUUCGGGUCUCACUAAGUACCUUCUCAGUGCGACUCGAACCCAGUCCCCAUGUGGAAAGAGUAAAAGUCAACGCUCUGCCGAAAGCCGUGGGUUUUCCCCGGGUACUCCGGUUUCCUCCCACAGGGAAAGUUGACAGGGUGGGUUAGGUAAAAAGGGCCCACAGUAAUUGGCAUAUGCUGUUGUGGUGACCCUGCCCUAGUUGGCAAAGCUAAAUAAAUAAAUAAAUAAAAUCGAUUAAUUGUAAGGAAUAAAUCUAGGCACGUCCACGACAGUCGUUUCCAAGAAGGGGGAAUGUUUUAAAGCUUUUACUUGUCAGCCAAUGGGAGCGCCAGUGGUAGCAGAAAAUAAAAAAACAAGUCGCGUUUGUCAUUUGAUCAUAUCGAUAAUACCAUCUCUUCAUACUUUUUUCAAUCGGGAAAUAAAAUUAUCUAAGUUCGGCCGUUUUGUUGAUUCAAUUAUCGUUAAGAAUAAUUGAUUGCAAAAAAACACAAAAAAUAACCGAUUAAUCGAUCAAUAUAGGGAGCAGCUGUGUAUAGGUUGUCAUAUGAAAACACUACUUCUACGCUCUAUCAACUAUGACAAUUUGAGCUUAGUAAAAUUUGAAUUUUCUCGUAUUCAAAAUACUUUGCAGAUUUAUAGAAAUGAUAGAGCAAUGGAAACAUUGCAUUGAAACUUAGUCUUAUACCCAUAACUCACACUGCCCCCAUAUCAUACAUCUUUUAAUUUCAAACUGGUUUUCAUGGAUAAUUUUCCCACGUGAGACUUGUUUUUAAUCUCUACAUUAAUCUUCUUACUUCCCCUGCCAAUAUAAAUAUGACGUCAUAUCCUAUGACUUUAUGCUCCUAUACUAUAGUGGCCUGUAUCCAUUGUUUCGAAGCGGUGCUGUGGAUUUGUAUGGUGCUGGCUUACAUGUUCAAUUGGUACUUCAAAAACCAUCAAACACCAACCAGGUAAGGCUGACACCCUGUUAAAGGUUUAUCUGUGUAUAUCAAAUAUUUGACAACAUUUUCGAAGCCCUGGUUUUGUUGAGGUAAAGAUUUGACUUACCGCUACCAUUACCGUUGCCAUCAAUCAGAUGCGUUUAAUCUACCUGAUUGGCCAAUCAGAUGCGUUUAAUCUACCUGAUUGGCCAAUCAGAUGCGUUUAAUGUACCUGAUUGGCCAAUCAGAUGCGUUUAAUCUACCCGAUUAACCAAUCAGUUGCGUUUAAUCUACCUGAUUGGCCAAUCAGAUGCGUACUGAGCCAGUGGAAGGUCGCACUAGUCAAAUCUUAACCUCUAUCAUGAAAUAAAGGUUGACGUGUUUUUAAUGCAUGCAAAAGAAGAAGCUUUUUUCUUUGCCAUCUACUGAAACUUUGCGUGAUUGUAGACGUUGAGAGGCGAGGUAGAUGAAGACAUUGCAUCAACAGAAGCCAGUGAAAGUGCACAGCAUGAGAAAGAUAGUAUCACGAUAGUCAGUAGUGAUGAAAGCAAGAACGAUGUUGAAAAAUAUAGAGCACAAGAAAUAUCCUCACCUUCCGAAGAUGAUAAUGAUGUAAUCACGGCGCAUGUGGUGAUAGAACAAGCUUUACAUCUUCGUCUUGUCAAGUCGCAUCAAAAUAUGAGGUUUGUGAUUUUGUGAAAUAUCAAUCAAACUGAACCUAAAUUUGACAUGAGCCAUGCAGCUCGUAUAUAAAGCUAGGAAAAAUAAUAUUGUAACUGCAACAGCCAUCUUUCUCCUAGAAGUGGCCAAACCAGGAAACAGUGUUUCAAAUAAACAGUGUUUCUAAUAAACAGUGUGUCUAAAUUUGAUGGGAAGUAAAUUUUGUUUUCGAAACAACGUUUGCAAGGAUGGACAAUGAGAGAAUGAUUUGCGGAAACAUCGAAUGUUUCAGAUGGUUCAAUAUCGCUAGCUAUGUUUUGGGAAGAUUACCUAUGUUUUACCUCAGAGGCAAGAUUUUCAAGAUUUCGUACGUGGUUUGAAUGCAUAUAGGAAGCUUGUGGUCAAGUGUUUAAUUAUAUUUUAAUAUUUUAGUGUGAAACCUAACGUGUACGUCACCUACCAGCCCAAACCUGACGUCAAACUGAUCAAAACCAAAACAAUUCAUUCGUCUUGCUCUCCCGUUUGGGAUCAUGAGAAAAUCGUUAAAUUUAAUAAAGCUAUGAUAAGCAAACAGGUAUGUAUCACUCCGUGGCAAUAGAAACAAUGGAAAUAGUGUAAUUAAUAUAUAAUUACAUGUCCUAUAUAAUUAGUCUAUAAUUUUACAUGAUUCAGGCAACUCGAAUAUGGAACCAUCUCGUUGAUGAACUUAAUUUGAAUACGGAUAGUCUUUCGUCAUUUACGUCGGCAAUGUUUAAGUAUUAUAUUUCUUCUUUGUACUCGUGUUACGAUGUUGAGGAUCCUCGUAGUUAUAAAACUAUAUGUCCUAAGUGUAAUUCUGUUCGUAGUCUCACAGAACUUAAUUUGAAUACGGAUAGUCUUUCGUCAUUUACGUCGGCAAUGUUUAAGUAUUAUAUUCUUCUUUGUACUCGUGUUACGAUGUUGAGGAUCCUCGUAGUUAUAAAACUAUAUGUCCUAAGUGUAAUUCUGUUCGUAGUCUCACAGCGUCAUUAUUGUGCUGUAUGUAGGAACUGUUAGUACUGUUCUUUGUUGUUUAGUAUGUGUAUUGUUGUAAUUUCUUUACUUGGGCCCGCAGUAAUUGGCAAUUACGCUGUUGCGGAUUCCCUGCCACUGUAUGUAAAUAUGUACAAGGCGAAUUAAAUAGAUAUAUAUAUAGUAGGCUGUAGAGUUAUACAGUAUAAUACAAUCACAGUCGCGGGAACUGUGUGUAUAUAGUGUCACUGUAUAAUCAUGCAUAACACAUUCUAAUUUGAGAUGAAUUGAUUGAUACGUAACUGCAUCGUUUUAACACAAGUGGGAAAUACUUUCCCAAGUGUGUGAUUCUUUUGAUCAAACCCCUAUACUAUUAUAAUCUACAUCUGUUAAAUCAUAAGUUGUUCGGUCUGAUUGGCAGUGAGCGAUGGGCUGUGCCAGUGUAGGUAGAGACGACAAUACGCAUGCGUGAGAUACAACCACCUGAAAAACUAACUUCCCCACGAAGAGCUUUCUUUCGAAACGUUCUGUUCGUGUCAGGUAGUUGUCGCAAUCCGCAGUCAUUUCACAAACGCUAACGUCCUGCACUGUUUGUUUUUUCGUGUUUCCAUUAUUCAUGAACCUCUUUCUUCAAUUAUAGAUUCUAACUUUCAACGUUUGGCACAACCGAGAAGAAUCUGGUACUGUACAAGACUAUCCUUUUUUCCACCAUGUUUAAUAUUUCCGAACACUGUCAUCUGAUCAGCAAUGACAACAUGUCACUCUCCUCCGCAGAGGCUCGUGUUAUAAAAACUAUACUAAACAUUACAUCUAUGUAUUAGAUUUAUUUAUUACAGGUGGAUCAUUAUAUUAUACACAGUAAAUAAAAUCGAUCAGAAAUGAUCGAACAACGUCUGGUCGUCCAAAGCUUUCUUAAAUAGGGUAGACAUAAACAACUUUAAGCUUGACAAUUUUCUCGCAUGCAGAGGUGAAGAGUUCCAUGCCUUACUACUAUUAACAGUAAAAGAGCGUCCAAUUUCAGUGGCGGAGGAAAGUACAUGACAUCAUGUUGUUAUUUGUUUGUACAGGCAAAGGUGGGAAGUCUGAUGAAGAUUUAUUCCUGGGUGUGGCUUCAGUUGAUUUGUCUCCUCUGGCCUCAGGUCUUAGACAAGUGAUGGGAUGGUAUAAUAUUGUUGAUUUUAGUGCGCGAUGCCAAGGACAAAUCAAGGUUGGUUUACACCAGAUAAUAACGAGCUUAAGCAAGCGACGUUUUUGUAAACACAGACAUCAGAUUGCAGAAGAGAGACUGGAUUGAAAACUUAAGCAAGCGACGUGUUUGUAAACACAGACGUCAGAUUGCAGAAGAGGGACUGGAUUGAAAACUGUGUUUGUGUCAGUUUGUUGUAAUCUUUAACACAUAUAAUAAAACAUAAGAUUUGCGUCCUUACACGAGCGCUGUGAUGAAAAAUGCUGCUAAAAUUCGUUAUACCAAAUGAAUUUUCGUGUCUGUGUUGACAAGAAAGUCGCCUGCUUUAAGCUCUCUAUUACCCAAACCUCGGAUCCUUCCUCUCGCCCGAAAUGCGACCACAUUCCUACUCGUAUUACUUUUAAACUUUCAAACUAUUAUUAGCUAAUUUUAAAACAAUGUCCCGCAGACCAAUCAGAUGUCACCAUUUCUAAAUUGUCUACUUCACAACGUUAAGAAUGUAGUCGCAUUCCAACCUCAUUCCCAGGAUCUUCCCUCUUGUGGAGGAAAGAGCCUGGGAACGAGGUUGGUCGCAUUCCUGAAUGUUAUGACACGAAAACAUAACACGUUUUUUGGGGGGGCGGGAGGAAGAAUGCGCGGUUUUGGUAAUAUCUUUUCUUGUGCAUUAUAUUUGUAAACCAUUAUUUUGGCAGGAAACCAAAUUCGUCUGCAUGAAAUCAUUUGUAAAAACUGUACAAUGCUCCAGAGCAGACUUUAGAAUAUAAUAGUUAAUAUUUCUAAGAAUAUAAUAGUUAAUAUUUCUGAAAAUAUAAUAGUUAAUAUUUCUAAGAAUAUAAUAGUUAAUAUAAGAGGAAAAAGAAGAAAUGCAUUCAUCAUUAAAUUUUAAUAAGGCGUAAAAAAAUACCUGUGGUUCCGGUUUCAUAUCGUGAAAAAUUUAGGGUCGGUAGAUCGGAAAUAAUUUUUUUUUUUAAAUAUUUCUUUCAUGGUUUUGGCGGGUUUUUUUGCUGGGCGAUUUGCAGUAGAGUCCCGACAUCAAUGUUAACUAGAGAUGCGUAUUUCCUAUGGACGAAUUUAGGCAAUUUGGUUCAAUAAUUAGUGUGACAACAGACGCCAUUUUGGCACGCUGUAUGAGCAGCCCGCAACCACCUGGAGAAAAUAGGGUCGCACGGUCAAUUACGUUAAAAAAUAAUAGGGUCGGCAGAAAAAAAUAGGGUCGGUCGGGAACCGGAACCACAGGUUUUUUUUACGCCUAACCGUAUUAAAAGCAAACUUAUUUUUAAUAUAUUUAUUAAUUUAAGGUCGGUGUCGUGCCUUUGUUGUCUGUAUCGCCGGAGAGAACCUUGUUUCCGCAAGUUAAUUAUGUAAGUUAUCAUAUUCUUUUAUUGAUACUUUCUUGUCCACGAG